AAAACGUGUCCGCAGUGGUCACAUGACGACGACACGGAAGACAACAUCCGUCUGACAGAAGAGCCAUGAAGGGUAUUCAUCCAUGAUUCCUGCUCGUGCAGUACCCGCAUCCAGGGCUCCAGCAGACUCGGUGUCACGUGCAUGACACGGUGACACAUCAAAGCGACACUGACUGUUGUCAUGAUAGCAAAGCGACACGGACGGACGGACAGACAGACAGAGGAAGAAGCACCGGAUGUGGAUGUGAGAUCCGCCCAGUGUUUGUGGAAGCUGCGGGAUUCAGCGGAAGGUGUUUCAGGAGAUGACCGGAAAGCACGCAGAGAUGAGCUUUGGCAUGCUGGAGGAAACCUUUUAUCACUGCUGCCAGCUCCUGGUGCAGCAGUCACAGCAGCUGAGAGACAGCUGGAGCUGGGUGCCCCUCCAGGGUUCACAGGAGGGCUACUUAAAGAAGACUCAGGUCCGAUCAGUUGUUAUUAAGUUGAGUCCAGUAUGGGACCAAGCAGCUUCCAGUUCAGACCCUGGGUCACAUGGUUCCGGUCACUCCCAGUUUUAUCCACAGAAAAAGUCUGCUCAUGUUGCCCCAUGUGAUGCUGACAGCGUCUCAAGUGAAAUGAAUGAUGAUGAUGAUGAUGAUGAUGAUGGGAUCUGCACAGUGUCUGAAGACAGCAUCCAAGUGCUUCAGUACGAGUAUCACAUCCUGUACUCCUGCAGCUACAGGAACCCUGUGCUCUAUUUUAGAGUUUUCACGCUGGAGGGGAGGAGCCUAUCAUUAGAGGACGUGUGGCGCUCUGUUCAUCCAAACUUCAGACUCCAACUACAAAACAGUCCUCUCAAUACAAUCAGUCAGCAGGAGCAUCCUCUGCUGGGUCAGCCUUUCUUCAUGCUCCACCCCUGUAGGACAGAGGAGUUCAUGAGGCCUGUGGUGCAGGCAGCUCAUGAGCAGCACAGGCCGGUGAACUAUGUGCUGACCUGGCUCAGUGUGGUGGGUCCUCUGCUGGGUCUUGACGUCCCUCUGAAGUACCACACACAGCUCCAGUCUGCAGCUGGACCCAGCAGCACCGAGCCAGACUGAGGCUGCAGCUGCUCUGUCUGUGUGCCUCAGCUUCACAGACGAGUCUCCACGCGGAUUCUCGACGAUCAACUACAACUGCAAAAGUGUCCAGAAUAGGGGUCACCAACCUUUGACCUCUGAGACGGCGCGCUACCUGAGCGGUCGAGAGUAGUACGGUUAAGCUUCAGCGCUUACUCCUUAAGGUUAUCAUGCACAGUUUUUGUUUUUGAGAUCAGCAGUUUAUCUCACUUUUUUUUAAAUUCGUACAGUUUUGUCUUUUUGAAGUGGACAUGUUAUUUGAAAAUCAGACUCCUCUGUCUGUCGUACUUUCCCCCUCAGCUGUGCGUGACGCUGCAUGCGGCAGUGUGGUUUUCCAGGUGUGCUUGUGUUUUCUGCACUUCUUUGUCCAUGUGUUGUUCUUUUUUUGCACAUCUUCAUGGCUCACUGAACUUUUCAUUUGCAUUUGAACUUUCUUUCUCAGGCUCCUCUCAUGUAACUGCAUAGCCGCGUAUCACCACUAGGACACGCCAAAGCACCAUUCUCAUGCCUGAUACCAUUAUUUUAAAAGAUUCACUUAUCAUGAAAAUAAAAAUACACGACAACC